CAUAAGAAUAUGGACCAACCUAAUGGCUGAAGGAAGAAGUCUGAACUUAGAUCUUUGACCAAAAGAUCUAUAGAAGUGAGCAGAAACUGCGUUCACGCACUGUGCCUCCUGGAGAAAGAAGAUAGGAGGAGGAAAUUGAUACUGCAACUUGGAACCCCAACAUCAAUUAAUCUGCUACCAUGAAGAUUCAGCAUAUAGCUUUUCUUUUGCUUGGACUUGCAAGUGCAACAGUGGUGAAAUGCAACAUAGAAGGUGAUAUCCUCUAUUCUCAGAAGAAGGCAUGGAAGGAUCCUAACAAUGUCCUCCAGAGCUGGGAUCCAACCCUUGUCAAUCCAUGCACCUGGUUUCACAUCACCUGCAACACUGAAAACUCUGUCAUACGAGUGGAUUUGGGUAAUGCAGGACUCUCUGGAGGUCUUAUUCCAGAGCUGGGAAGAUUGACACAGCUUCAAUACCUGGAGUUAUAUGCAAACAAUAUAUCUGGGUCCAUACCAGCUCAACUUGGGAAAUUAACAAAGUUGGUGAGCUUGGAUUUGUACCACAAUCAAUUGAGUGGGCCAAUCCCUUCUUCUCUUGGCAAUAUCAAGUCUCUGAAGUAUCUGAGGCUUAAUGGAAAUGGACUCUCUGGAAUAAUACCCAAAAAAGUGCUUGAUCUUGUCCUCACUGGCAACCUGACUGAAAUGAAUGUUUCAGAUAAUGAGCUGUUUGGGACAAUCAGAACAUCCAAGAAAAGGGUUACAACAAUUACUCAGGACGCAAAGAUUUCCAGCUAAGUUUGAAUUCAGUGCAGCUCAAGAAAUAUCAAAUUUGCUCAUGUUCUUCUUUAAGGCUGACUUCUUUUCAUGCCAAAAGCUGAAAUGUUUGUGGUGUAACUUUGCUUUAUAAUGACUAUAGUAUAAUAUAAGAGGAAAAACAAUCCAAUAAGUUGCAAGUGAAUCUGCAGAAUCUAGUGGUAAUGGCCCUAUUGGUGGAAAGCACCUUCAUGAAGCUUGUCCCUGGACUAACCACUAAAGCAUCUCCCAAGAGAGAUACUGUGAUCAACAAUGUUCUCCUUCUCUUAAAUAAUAUAACAAUGUUGCCAAGGACAGAGCUCAAUCCUAGAAAACUGAAAACAUCUAUGUGCUUGCAAUGAAAUGGUGCUUUCAAGAGCAGUGGACUGUGUUCUCUAGGUUGGUCCUUGGAAGAGGUGAAAGAAAGCUAUCAGAAAGAACAGAGCCAACACAGUGCCCAUUACAGCAGAGCAGUUGUCACCACAAGGACAGCAGAAUUUUGAAUUAUCCUUGACUCUAGAUUCUCCUAUUUGAGGGAAAGUGGGACCCACUAACCAGAAAGGUAACCACAUUGGCCAUCCUCUCUUGCUUCAAUGCAUUAGGAGUCACUGGAUCUUGUUGUCAUUGGUCAACACCAGAAAGCAAGUAGGAAGAAAGGAGAGGGGAAAAGAUGGCAAAGAAGAGGGCAUGUAAAGGUGCAACUUUCAAGAGCUU